AGGAAGGUGAGGUCCAUUACUUUACUAACAAAAGGAAAAGGUAAAUGGAGGUCAAUUGAAUUUGGGGCCAGGGGCUGGCCAGCUGAUGAGUUAAUUAGGGGGGAAAUGGGAAUGAGGGUAGGUACAUGUAGGCGCAAUGGCUAUGGCACAUCAAUUUGCUUGCAUCUUGGAUUCUUGGUCCAUCUAUGCUCCGAAUUUAAACAAAAUCUUUCAUGCAAAUAAAUUUUGAUUUACGAAACAAUAAUUUGAUUUUAAAAUUUUUAAAUUCUUCCUUAAAAUCUUAUACCCCAUAUCCAGACAUUGAAUUUUGCUGAAGACUUUCUCUCGUGACUUGCUAGUCGCUCGUAGCUGCUUUGUUUCCCUUUUAUCUCUUCCCAGUUACCCCACAGAAAAAUCACCCCCGCCUUAACACGCACAAAAAAAAAAAAAAAGAGAGUUCAGUUGGUUUCCUUACCAUGAAAGACUCCGCUGGAGGCGCGUCACUUCCGUCGGGACCCGACGGGAAGAAGCGGCGGGUGACAUACUUCUACGAUUCAACGAUCGGGGACUACUAUUACGGUCAGGGUCACCCGAUGAAGCCCCACCGGAUCCGUAUGGCACACAACCUCAUCGUCCACUACUCUCUCCACCGUCGAAUGGAGAUUAACCGUCCUUUUCCUGCCGGUCCCGCCGAUAUCCGCCGCUUCCACACCGAGGAGUACGUCGGCUUCCUCAACUCCGUCACCCCCGAGUUCAUCUCCGACCCCACUUAUUCUCGCCAUUUGAAGCGUUUCAAUGUAGGAGAGGAUUGCCCCGUGUUCGAUGGACUUUUCGGUUUCUGCCAGGCCUCCGCCGGUGGCUCCAUUGGUGCCGCCGUUAAGUUGAAUAGAGGGGAUGCAGACAUCGCCAUCAAUUGGGCUGGUGGGUUGCACCAUGCAAAGAAAAGCGAGGCUUCUGGAUUUUGCUAUGUUAAUGAUAUCGUGCUUGGGAUUCUUGAGCUCCUCAAGGUUCACAGGCGUGUGCUGUAUGUAGAUAUUGAUGUUCAUCAUGGAGAUGGUGUUGAAGAGGCAUUUUACACCACUGACAGAGUUAUGACUGUGUCUUUCCAUAAAUUUGGAGAUUUCUUCCCUGGGACUGGUCACAUAAGGGAUGUUGGCGUGGGCAAUGGGAAGUAUUAUGCUUUGAAUGUUCCGUUGAAUGAUGGGAUGGAUGAUGAGAGUUUCCGGGGUCUGUUUCGGCCUAUCAUCCAAAAGGUCAUGGAAGUGUAUCAGCCAGAUGCAGUUGUUCUCCAAUGUGGAGCAGAUUCAUUGUCCGGAGACAGGUUAGGUUGCUUCAACCUGUCUGUGAAGGGCCAUGCAGAUUGUCUUCACUUCCUUAGAUCUUUCAAUGUUCCUCUAAUGGUCUUGGGUGGAGGAGGGUAUACUAUCCGCAAUGUUGCCCGAUGUUGGUGCUAUGAAACAGCUGUCGCAGUUGGGGUAGAGCCUGAUAAUAGGCUGCCUUAUAAUGAAUAUUAUGAGUAUUUCGGUCCAGAUUAUACACUUCUUGUUGAGCCGGGCAACAUGGAGAACCUGAAUGCACCUAGAGAUAUGGAGAAGAUAAGGAACACGCUAUUGGAGCAGGUUUCUAAACUAUGUCAUGCACCUGGUAUACCUUUUCAAACAACACCAACCACCAUCCAACCCCCUGAGGAGGCAGAAGAGGACAUGGAUGAAAGACCAAAACCUCGCAUUUGGAAUGGUGAUGAUUAUGAGUCAGACCGUGAAGAUGAUGUGGAAUCUCUAUGCAGAUUCUCAAAUUCUGAUGUGAAACAGUCUACAACAGAUGCUGAAAUGAGGGUAUUCGUUUACUUUCUUCAUUCAUUGCCUUGUAAAUGGAUCAUCAAAUUGAAAAUCCUCUUGCUUUAUGUGGAUGUACCACAGGAUUUGAAAGAAGUGAAAGCAGAAGAGCAGCCACCGUCUUGACACUGAAGGAACUUUGGCUUCUAGACUUCGUUGUACUUCAUAUUUGUCUUUGUAUAAUUUAAACUUGGGAUCUUCUUUCAAGUUGGGUGUUUUUUGACAUUACUAGCAAGCUUUUUCUGAUCCCUUUGUUGAGGCAUUAGACUAGGAAUUUUUUGUCAUUGAUGUCCUUCCCUUUUGUUUGGCACUAUGAUAUGCCGGAUUAGAUGCGUUAGAAUCAAAGAUACCAUGAAUACACGGGCGCAAGAGUAUCAAUAUAACAAAGGCUAGACUAAUGGUAAUAGCCAUAGCAAAGAGGUGUUAUACUGUCGGCUCCGUUACAAAGAUGGCAGUGGAAAUUUAGUUAUUAUAAACGGACAAGUCUGACUCCCUUGCAUCUCUUGCCAAUUGGUGUUCUAUCUGUGUUCUCAGAUAAAUUUCAUUUAAGUCUUUUUCUUAUAAUAGACAAAUAUUUUUUUAGUAAGGAUUCUGCAUUUUCCCUCAUUGGUAUGCACCACUGGUCAGCAAGCAAUAAGAUUUUCCUGUUUUAGCUAGUAAGGCCACAAGGUUCACUGAUAAUGGACGUUAAAUGAUGAAAUAUGCUUUUGAUAAUUCACCGUCAAAAAAGAAAAUUCUUCGCUAGUCAUUAGUGCUGCUUUACUAAAAUUACCACCACCUAACAGCCAUCAUACCCUAGACUAGCAAGCGAUAUUAAUACUAUCUAGAGGGAAGUGAAACUAUUUUUUU